ACCAAACCCAAACCUAACUGCUUCUUUCAACUAAGCACAGGAAUGUUCGUGUCAGAAUUUUGGGUUUGUUGUAAACUAGAAUAAAUUAAUAUUUUGGAAAGACUGUAAGAAAAGUCGUUGCGUUUGGAGUUUUCUUUCAUAAAACAGCAAAUCUUAGAGAACCAGAUGGCAUCCAACGGUGUAAAGAAAGGAGAGGGUGAUAAAGCCGGCUCCAAGCUGGAAGAUUAUACAAGAAUAGAAAAAAUUGGUGAAGGCACAUAUGGAGUGGUCUUUAAAGGAAAGAAUAAAAAAACUGGGGAGUUUGUCGCGAUAAAAAAGAUCCGUAUGGAAAGUGAAGAUGAGGGAAUUCCAUCGACAGCAAUUCGAGAAGUAUCAUUGCUCAAAGAACUAGUCCAUCCAAAUAUAGUGCAUCUUCAAGAAACUUUGAUGGAUGAGACUAGGCUCUACCUGAUUUUCGAGUUUUUGUCAAUGGACUUGAAGAAAUAUUUGGAUUCUUUUGAACCAGGAAAAUACAUGGAUCCUUCUGAUGUGAAAUCAUACCUCUACCAGAUUGUGCAGGCCAUACUGUUCUGUCAUACUAGAAGAGUUCUCCACAGAGAUCUGAAACCUCAGAAUCUUCUGAUCGACAACAAAGGGUUGAUCAAAGUGGCUGAUUUUGGUUUGGGAAGGGCUUUUGGAGUACCAGUUCGAGUAUUUACUCAUGAGGUGGUGACCCUGUGGUACCGUGCACCGGAAGUGUUGCUGGGCUCGACCCGUUACUCUUGUCCUGUGGAUAUCUGGUCCAUUGGCUGCAUCUUCUCGGAGAUGGCCACCAGGCACCCACUCUUCCAGGGCGACUCGGAAAUCGAUCAGCUGUUCCGCAUUUUCAGAGUACUGUCUACGCCAACGGAAGAGUCGUGGCCCGGAGUGUCCCAGUUACCGGACUACAAGCCCACAUUCCCUAAUUGGACCCAGAACAAUCUCUCCACUCACACCAAGAAUAUUGAUGAAACAGGACUGGAUCUUCUCGAGAAAAUGUUGAUCUACGACCCGGCAGAGAGAUUGACAGCUAAGGCAGCCUUGAAACAUAAAUACUUUAAAGAUGUCGAUAAAUCCAAAAUCCCUCAAUCACCAUUAUACUUCUAGAUCUUGUUUUGGUUUUUCGUAUUUUAAAAACUUGUAAAAACCCUAAAACCUUUUCUUCCGUAUCUUUCUUCUUUGAUUUGCCAUUACUAUGUUACUUUCUCACUAUGUUAUAAAGACAUGAUAUUAAGUAAUAAUUUUUAUAACUAUUUAUACUAAGAUUUUUUACCAUAUUUUAGGACGUUGUGAUGUGACUAAGAUUUAAGGGGAAAGUAUACAGAGAAGUCAAUCAGGCUACUUGAAAAAUAAGUUUCAUGCAUUGUGCUCAUACCACUCAGGAUUACACACCUCAAGGAAUAUUUUUGGAAAACUUGCCCAAGAUAGCAUUUAGUAAAACAAUAUUUUUCCAAAUUACAUCAACAUAAAACUGCGUCAAAAUGUCAAUUGAAACUUCUUAUUCAAGGUGUAAGUCUCUGAUAACUAUUCUUCCAAUGCUUAGUUGUACUGUAGUUUGUAUUAAAUUGGUUACUUUCAUAUUAAUAAUUUGUGUCUUUUCUGUACCUGUUUUCAAACUAGAGUUUUGUGAUAAUGAAACAGUGUGGCUAAACGUAUAACUAGUACUGGGGUCAGUUAGUUGUGGAGUAGGAAAAGUUGCAUUUAAGUAUACAGCUUAAAAAAGAUUAACUCCUUAUUCUACUUUGCUUUUAUUUGCAGUAUUAAUUAAGAAAACUCCAUUUUCUAUGUUAUGAAUAUUUAGCUAAAUUUUUAGAAUGACUGUCUCACAAAGAUUCACAUUUUUUUGCUCAAAGCUUUAAUUUUUUCUUUCAAAAUGAAUUGUAAUUUUGUCUUGUUUGUUUACAAUAGGUGCUAAUUUAUCAUAUAUAUCUCUAAUUUCAAUUGUAAUAAAAUUUGUUACAUUUUGAA